AACAAAAUCACUACCUCAAAUAAGGUUUUCUCUAUUCCUCUCUCCCAAAAGCCCUUUCCUUCCAACAAACCCCCAAACGGAAAUGAUUAUAUUCUCAGUCACUUUUGUUUCUGAUUUUUUGCUUUACAACCGUAUCUCAUAUAGCUCUGUAUUUUUGUCGUUAGUCACUGAGGUUUUAAAUCGCUAUUGCAAUGUCCAAAUGGCUGUCAUGUCACCGUACAUGGUUGAAUUAUAAAACAAUUCAAUGGCUGAAGAAAUGCAAGUGUUGAACCUGGAAGUGGUCUGGGGAAGAGGAAGUUUGGUAAGAACCAAGGUCGUAAAAAGUCAAGUAAGAAACAAAAAGUUAUGCAGCCACCACAUGGACAGAAGAAAGUUAAAAUCAACCAAAAAAUGAAGAAACUUUACAACAAGAGAACACGAGAAUAUAAUUCUGACGAUGAUGAAGAUGAGACAACUGCCCCUGCUACUAUGAAGACUAAAGGUGUGGCAUCUAUGAAGACUAGAGGUGUAGUAUCUAUCACCAAAAAAAAGCACGAGGAGGAAGACAUAGAAAGUGAAGAGCUGUCUGAAGAUGAAGGAGAAGCAGGAGGACAAAGAACGCAAAAGAAGAAUGCUACCGAUAAGAAAGUUAAUUUCUCUGAGGAUGAAGGAGAAGAUGAUGAUGAUGAAAUUCAGCCAGGAAUUACUAAAUUCUCCGAAGGUUGUAAAGCAUUCAAGAUGGCCUUCAAGAAUAUUAUAAAGAAGAGUGUUUCUGAUGACUUGUUGGGUCCAGUAUUAUCAGCACACAAGAAUCUUGUUAUAGAAAAGCUUGCGGAAGAGGAGGCAGAGCGCAAGGUUAAGGGAGAGGCAAAAAAGGAAAAGCUGCUGAUAGCUGAAAAGGGACAUGUCAAGCCUGCUAAUUAUUUGGACUCACAUGAAAAGUUUCUAAUUAGUGUAGCGACAAAAGGAGUGGUCAAGUUGUUCAAUGCUGUCAACAAGGCACAGGUUGCUCAGAAAGGGCUGGACCCCUCCAAGAAUAGGGAUGCAAAAGAGUUAAAAAAGCGCACCAAAGAAGCCUUCUAUUCAGAGUUAGGGAGGCCAGCUGUUGGCACCUCCACAAAGGCCAAUGCAAGCACAAACAAGGGAGAAGAUGACCAACCUUCUUGGGCUCCAUUACGAGAUAAUUAUAUGCUGACAAAUUCAAGAAUAAAGGAUUGGGACAAAAACAUGCCAAGUAAAAAUGAAUCAGAUGAUAUGGAAAACAUUUCUGAAAAUAGCAGUUCCGAUGAAGAUUAUGGUUUUGAAACUUGAGAAUGCAGCAUUGAGGUGUUUCUAGCGGUACAAUCGGUUAGAUUUUGAAUAUUGUAUUCAUUGAUUUGUGUUCAUUUUGUUAGUAAUUUAAAGAAUGGACUAGGACAAUCUUGCUAGCUGAUCGGCUAUAACUUGGUAUACAUCACCAAUUUUGAAUGUGUUCGCUGAACUGAAUUUACUGAACAUGAAUAGAAUUUCAUUAUCUUUAUUUUCCAA